AUGCCGCGAGAAGACAUAGAAGAUGACGACCUUUUGCACCCGGAGAUUCGUCAAGCUCUCCGUGCUCUACGCCAUGCCAUCAACAUCCAGACCUCCGUCAAAACAAUCCAUCGAUUCCAAGAAUCAAUCCAAAACCCCUCCCUCCCCAUGCUAGACAGACAUGUUCGAGACCUGAUAUCCAUCCUAGACCAGCGAGGCGACGAUCUCCGCGAGGAGAGCCUCCAAGCCAUGAACAAGGCCCAACAGGCCUUCCACCAACUGUCAGCCCGCAACCGACGCAAGGUACGCGCCUACUACCGCGACGACCUGCGUACCUAUCUGGACAUCCAGAAUUUCGACGGCCCCCUCGAGAUCUUCGGAGAACAGUUCCAGGACACACAAGGCGCCCUGUUCCGCGCCGUCGAUCUGCGUCGCAAGCUUCUGCAUUUACGACGGGUAAGGCUCACUGUCCCGUGCCACAUGCGCUCUAUGCAGCAUCCCGUGAUUGAUCGGUUGAUGCAAGAUAAUCAGCGGGAGGCGAUGAGUCUAGAGCAUGAUCAGAUCGUGGGUGAGCGGUUGCUGAAUGUGCGCUUUCAGGGAUUGUCGGAGGAUGAGCAGAACCUUUUCUGGCUGUGGUAUGAGAGCGAUAUGAAGGCUUGUGGAUUUCAGAAGAUUACUGGGACUCGGUACUUUCGGUUUACGGCUAUGAGACCGACUAUCGUCGUUACGGAACAUGAGUGA